AUGACAUCGACAACUGAAGUCAAUCGACCAAUCAUUGUUGUUGUAUCUGGUGGUGGACCAGUUGGUCUAACAUUUUCACUUCAUUUAACAAUGAUGAUGGGGAAACACGUUAAAAUUAUUAUUUAUGAAGGACGUUGGUUUGUUGAUCAACAAGGUAAAAUACGUUGGCAAGGUGAAGAAGAAGGAAGAACACGUCGUGACCAAGUUGUUACAUUACAAGAUCAUGUUAUAGAACAAAUGCCUGAAUAUAUAAAAGAAGGUCUUUUUCAAAAUAUAAAUGAACGUGUUUGGCCAACAUCAAGAAAUAUUCCAAUUAGAGAAGUAGAAGAUCGUCUUUUUGAUUUAAUACAACCAUUUGUUCGAAGUGGUCAAAUUGAAUUAAUUACAGAAAAUUUACAUGAACAAUCAGAAUGUCUUAUUAAAGGUAAUUUUGAUAUAUUAGUUGGUGCAGAUGGUUCUAAUUCAUUUGUGCGUCGUUAUUGUAAUAUUCAAAUGAUAAGUGAAGGUCUUGAAUAUGCAUGUGGUGUAGCUUAUAAUAUUCCAAAUCAUGUUCCAUCAUCAGAAGAACCACUUCAUCAAGCACUUAAUUGUAUUUUAACGAUUUCUCAAACUCGUUAUCUAGUUAAUUCAUCAACAAGUCGUCGUGGUUAUUUAAAUAUUCGUCUAGUUCAAGAUGAAUAUAAUGAAUUACAAAAUCGUUUAGAAAUAUUUCAAUCACGUAAGGAACCAUUAGAUUUAUUAGAUUUUAAUAAAUGUCCGCAAUCACCUAUUUGGACAAUUAUUCGACAAGGUUUACAUUUUUUUAAAAUUCCGUCAAACUAUGUUUUUCGUGUUGUACCCAUCGAAAUUAAUGUUCGUCAUGCAUCAAUUGUUGUUCGUGAACUUCGUUAUGAAAUUAAUAGAAAUGAACAAGAAAUUCGUAAACAUGAUGAAAAAAAAUAUAAAACUGCAUUAGUUUUUCUUGCUGGUGAUGCCGCAAUGUGUGUUCAUUUUUGGCCUGGCCGUGGAAUGAAUAGUGGAAUGAAAAGUGCUAUAGCAUUAGCACGUAAUAUUCUUCGUUCAUGUACAAUAAAUAAUUCAAUAAAUAUCCGUAGACCAUUUCGAUUUUUAGAUUUUCUUGAUUAUGAAGGUUUUAUGGCUCGUCUUCGUGCACGUGAACAACAAGGUCGUUCAUUACGUGUUUUAAUUAAUCCAAUUGAUAUAUCUGUUGAAGCAUCUUAUUACUAUGCUCAUUUGAAUCAUUGUUAUGAAAAAUAUACAAAAAAUUUAAUUAGAAAAUUACAAGAAACUCGAAAGCGUCUUGAAGCAAAUCCUGAAUGGCCACAUAAAUCCAGACUAAUAACAGAUGAUGAAUUACAAUUUGCAUCAAAAUGUAUAGAGCCACAAGCUGUUGCACAAUUAUCAUUAGCAAAUCCAUGGCCAACAAGAGAAAUGAGUGGAGUUGAAGUUCUAGCUGAAGAUAUAUUUCCAUAUGAUUGCAAAAAAUUUCUACCUGCACCAACAGUUACUGGUUUGAGCCUACAACGUCCUCCAUCGACUAUGAUUCGUUACAGUUUUCAUAUAUUAUGGAUAAUAGGUGAUAAAAAAAUUGAAAGUAUUGAAAAUCUUAUUAAAGAUAUUCAAAAUUCACAAAACACUCCUACAUUAUCAACAUAUACUGAUUGUGAUUAUGAAAUGACUAUUGUUAAAACAAUUGAAGACGCUCAACAAUGGAUUAAAACUAAUCAAGAAUUAAUUCAAAAACCGCAUAUCAGAUUUAAAGUUGUUACUCGAUGGAAAACACCAAAUGAUAAAGCAGCAAUUGAUGUUAUUCGUGCUAUUCGUUCAGAAAUAUCACAAGUAUCUGUUCUAAUUUGGACAAAUAAACUUGAUGAAAUACAAGCAGCGCUUGAAUUUCCUAAUGUUACUGUAACAAAUAAAAAAUUUGAAGUAAAAGAAUUUGUUGGAGGUAAACAAGAAGCACAAUGGAAUGCAGGUUGCCGAGUAUCACAUAUACAAAAUAAUGAAAUGUCUUCACAUACAUCAUCAUCAUCGAAUUUCAGAACUCACGACACAUCAAGAAUUCCUUCAUUGAAACCACUGUUACUUUGGAUUGUUAGACCUGAAAAUGAUCCAAAAACAACUAAUGAAAUUAAAAAAAAUCAUCCAACAUUAGAAAUCAUCUUUAAAUCAACAUAUAAAGAUGCAGAAGAAUAUUUAAAUAAGAAUUUACGUGAAAUACAAGAACGAGAAAAAUUUAUUACUAUAUGUCAAGGCUGUUAUCGAAAAGAAGACAAAUAUUUUACUGAUGUUGCUCAACUUUUUCGAAAUCUUAAUCUUGGUACAAAAUCUCUUGGAGUUUAUACAAAAAGUAAAACAGCUUUAUUAGAACAAAAACCAGAUCCUCCAAAAAGCGUUGAAAUUUUUGAUGAACUAAGUGGUUUACUUGCUUUUAUUAAUCGUCAUUUAAAAGAUUAG